UCAAAAGUGGUAGCCGUUUGUCCGCCAUUUUUAUAACCCUCCCCCAAUUCUCCACACCUCCAAUUUUUCAUUCAAACCCUCCAAAAAAGACACUCUCUCCGUGUCACUUUCAGAAACCCUAGUUCGCCAUGGCCGGAGCGAAGAAACCUCCAUUGACAACCAGCAACAAUGCCAACAUCCCGCCAUCUGAAACCACUGCCGCCGCCGCCGCCGCCGGCGGUGGCAAAAAAACCAUCGAACAAACCUACCAGAAAAAGACUCAGCUCGAGCACAUCCUCCUCCGCCCAGACACCUACAUCGGAUCCAUAGAAAAGCACACCCAGACCUUGUGGAUCUACGAGAACGAAAACAUGGUCCAGAAAUCAAUCACCUAUGUUCCCGGCCUGUACAAAAUCUUCGACGAGAUCCUCGUCAAUGCAGCCGACAACAAGCAGCGGGACCCGAGAAUGGACUCCGUGAAGGUGACGAUUGAUGUUGAAUCGAACUACAUCAGUGUGUACAACAAUGGCGAUGGUGUGCCUGUCGAGAUCCAUCAAGAGGAAGGGGUUUAUGUGCCGGAAUUGAUUUUUGGGCAUUUGUUGACGAGUAGUAAUUAUGAUGAUAACGAGAAGAAGACGACUGGUGGGAGAAAUGGUUACGGGGCGAAGCUAACGAAUAUAUUCUCGACUGAGUUUGUGAUCGAGACUGCCGAUGGAAAGAGGCUGAAGAAGUACAAGCAGGUUUUCUCCAACAACAUGGGUACGAAAUCUGAGCCUGUUAUAUCGAAAUGCAAAUCCGGUGAGAAUUGGACUAAGAUCACCUUCAAGCCAGAUUUGACAAAAUUUAGCAUGAGUUGUUUGGAAGAGGAUGUUGUUGCCUUGAUGAAGAAGCGUGUGAUUGAUAUUGCGGGAUGCCUUGGAAAGACAGUGAAGGUUGAAUUGAACGGUCAACAAUUUCAUUUCAAAUCGUUUUCCAAUUAUUGCGACCUUUACCUAAAAUCUGCAUCACUUGCCAGCUCAGAACCACUCCCAAGAUUUGAAGAGGAAGUACAUGAUAGGUGGCAGGUUUGCGUAAGUCGAAGUGAAGGACAGUUUCAGCAGGUCAGCUUUGUGAAUGGAAUUGCAACAAUCAAGGGUGGGACUCAUGUCGACUACGUUACUAAUAAGAUAACAAGCCAUCUUGUUGCUGUCAUAAAAAACAAGAACAAGAAGAACAAGAAAUUUGACCUUAAACCUCAUACUGUGAAGAAUCACUUGUGGGUUUUUGUCAAUGCUCUAAUUGACAACCCGGCUUUUGAUUCACAAACCAAAGAGACUCUAACACUCCGUGCAGGGAGUUUUGGUUCUUCAUGGGAUUUCUCGUCGAAGUUCCUAGACAAAGUGUCCAAGUCCGACAUAAUGAAAAAUAUUGAGGAAUGGGCAGAAUUCAAACAAAAGAAAGACCUUAAGAAAACCGAUGGAGCAAAAGACAGGAGGAUCUAUGGACUAACCAAGCUAGCUGAUGCCAAUGAGGCUGGAGGGAAGAACUCUGAGAAAUGUACCUUGAUUUUGACAGAAGGAGACUCAGCCAAGGCACUUGCAAUUGCUGGAAUUUCAGUUGUUGGGCGAGAUCACUAUGGUGUGUUCCCUCUUAGAGGAAAAUUGCUCAAUGUCAGGGAAGCAAGUCAUACUCAACUAAUGCAGAACGUUGAGAUUCAGCAUAUCAAGCAAAUUUUAGGACUCCAGCAUGGUAAACAGUAUGAUAGUGUCAAAUCACUCAGAUACGGACACUUGAUGAUAAUGACUGAUCAGGAUCAUGAUGGUUCGCAUAUCAAGGGUCUCCUAAUUAAUUUCAUACAUUCCUUCUGGCCAUCAUUGCUCAAAGUUCCUUCUUUUAUGUUGGAGUUCAUAACUCCUAUUGUGAAGGCUACAAAUAAGUAUGGGAAAAACAAAAAAUCCUUCUAUACAAUGCCUCAGUAUGAAGCAUGGAAAGAAAGUAUAGGAUCAGAUGCAAAAAACUGGACGAUUAAGUACUAUAAGGGGCUGGGAACAAGCACAGAUAAGGAAGGGAAGGAGUACUUUGAAGAUCUUGGUAAACACAAAAAGGAUUUUGUUUGGGUAGAUGAGCAAGAUGGGGACGCCAUAGAACUUGCUUUUAGUAAGAAGAAGAUCGAAGCAAGAAAGAGUUGGCUCCGCCAGUUUGAGCCUGGCACUUACCUUGACGAUCGAGAUUCACACAUCAAGUAUCGUGACUUUGUCCAUAAGGAACUUAUACUGUUUUCAAUAGCAGAUCUUCAGAGAUCAAUUCCAUCAAUGGUUGAUGGGCUGAAACCUGGUCAAAGAAAGAUACUUUACUGUUCCUUCAAGAGGAACUUUGUCAAGGAAGCAAAAGUCGCCCAGUUCUCUGGUUACGUGUCCGAACAUUCCGCUUACCAUCAUGGAGAACAGAGUCUUGCUAGUACUAUAAUUGGUAUGGCACAAGAUUAUGUAGGCAGCAACAACAUAAAUCUUCUUUUGCCGAAUGGUCAGUUUGGUACUCGAGGCCAGGGUGGGAAAGAUCAUGCCAGUGCAAGGUAUGUUUACACACAGCUGUCUCCAGUUACACGGUUUUUGUUUCCAAAGGCAGAUGACAUUCUGCUCGACUAUUUAAAUGAAGAUGGGCAGAUGAUUGAACCUACUUGGUAUGUGCCAAUCAUUCCUACAGUUUUAGUAAAUGGAAGUGAAGGAAUAGGCACAGGAUGGAGUUCCUUCGUACCAAAUUAUAACCCUCUCGACAUAAUCGCUAAUGUGAGGCAUUUGCUGAAUGGUGAGCCAAUGGAAGCUAUGCAUCCAUGGUAUAAAGGAUUUAAAGGAACAAUUGAGAAAACAGCAACGAAGGAAGCUGGGUUCAGCUACACUGUCACUGGAAUCAUAGAGGAAGUGGAUGAAACAACACUAACAAUAACAGAGCUUCCAAUUAGAAGAUGGACUCAAGAUUAUAAGGAAUUUUUGGAGUCUAUUUCUGCUGAGAAUGACAAGAGCAAAGAUCCAUUUAUUGAGGGCUGCCGUGAUAACAGUGGUGGAGAAAUUAUACAUUUCGCGGUUUAUUUGUCAGAGACAAAUCUUCUGGUAGCCAAGCAAGAAGGAUUGCUGAAGAAAUUUAAGUUAACUACGACAAUGAGCACUAGUAACAUGCAUCUGUUUGACUCCAAAGGCGUAAUUAAGAAAUAUGAUAGCCCUGAACAAAUUCUUGAGGAGUUCUUUUACAUAAGGCUUGAGUUCUACGAAAAGAGAAAGAAAGCUUUGUUGGCCAAUCUUGAGUUAGAUAUGCUAAAAUGUGAUAACAAGUACAGAUUCAUUAGAGGUGUUGUUGAAGGUACCAUUGUUGUAAGCAACAGGAAAAAGGCUGAUUUGUUCCUUGAGCUGAAGGCAAAGGGUUUCACCCCUUUCCCGAAAAAGAAAAAUACUCCCGAAGUUGCUGUUGCUGGCGCAACUGAUGAUACAGAAGAAACCGAAGAUAACACUGAAGUGGAAAUUGCAAAAGGAGUUUCCGCAAGUGAUUAUGACUACUUGCUGUCUCUGGCAAUUGGUACCUUAACUGCUGAAAAGUUGCAAGAGUUGCGCGAUGAGAGGGAAAGGUUGACGCAAGAAGUUGAAGACCUGAAAAAAUCGACAGUGAAGUCUUUGUGGACAAAAGAUCUGGAUGCUCUGGAGGCCAAAAUAAUCGAGGAUCUAAAGAACAGUGAGAAAAAAUGGGAGGAGGAUAGACAAAGGAUACAAGGUGGUGAGACAAAGAUAGCUAGACCACUAGCGAAAAAUCCGCGAAAGAAUACCAAGAAAGCUACAACCAAAAAGGAAUCUACUGCAGAGCACAUGGAUGUAUCAGAUAAUACUGUAACUGAAACAGAUAAAGUUGCUGAAAUCAAGAAACCUAGAGGCAAGGCAGCUGCUGCUAAAAAGAAAGCUCCAGUGGCAAAGGUUGUAGCAGAGGCUGACGAAGACGAUGACGAUGGGGUUGCUGAGCUAAGACAGAGAAUUGCAGCUUACAAUUUCGACUCUUCUCCUGAUCGUGCAGAAGAUAUGGAAACAGAGUUGCCCCAGCUGCAAACGAAGAAAAAAGAACCAACCAAAAGGGCAGCUCCUCGAAAGAAGCAAGUGUCAAUUGUUUCAGACGAUGAAGAAGACGAUGAUAUCGAGAUAAUCGAUGAUGACGAUUUCGAACCCGAAGACAAGAAAAAGAAGGGAGGAAGAAAACCAGCCAAUCCAAAAGCAGCAGCAGCAAAACCACCUGCUGGAGCAAAGAAAAGAGGACCAGCCAGCAAACAAUCUCAGCUUGUAGGUCAGAAACUCAUCACCGAAGUUCUCAAACCCACUGCUGCAGCAGAUGAUUCCCCUGAAAAGAAGGUUAGGAGAAUGAGGGCGUCGCCUUUUAACAAGAAGAGCAGUUCUAUUUUGGGACGAGGGGCAAUAAACGUGGACGAUGAUGAGGAUAAAGAGAUAGGGGAGACUUCAAACGAACAAGAAAGAAGCUCGGUUUCUGAUGAUGUCAGCAAAGGUGUGGGCCCCGCGGUGAGCAGACCUAAGAGGGUUAAUAGGAGGCAGACGAGUUAUGUUAUAAGUGACGAUUCGGAGAGUGAAGCUGCUGAGGAGGUUGAUGUUGAUAGUGAUGCAACUGAAGAUAGUGAGUUCAACGAUGAUGAAUGAGGGGAUUUUACUUUCUUUUAACCUGUGAAUUUUGGAUGUCUGUUGAAAAGUCAGUUAAUCACUCACUGCCUUGUAAUGAAAACUUCAAUGAUGUUUCUUUUUUCUAACUCUUUCUUGGGAUCUCUGCCUGAGUAUGUAUGACUGUGUUUAUGUCAAAUGCCUCGGAUGUAUUGAAUGUAUUUCAUGCACUUUUGCUCA